AACAGAGCAAAACAAGAGUUUCUUUUGAACAAAUUGAAAUAGGUCCCUUCCCGUUUGCUUCCGUUUAAGAAACGUUUUGCAACCGAAUCGGCGUAAUGAAUACGCUCCAGUGUUAUCAAUGGAAAAUGGCGACCCGAGUCCUUCAGAGAUUUGGCAAUGGCCUGAAUCAGGCUAAAAAUACGGCACAGUCGACAGGACAGAUCGUCGUUUUAAGCAGGUGUGACUAUUAUUACUUUGCACGUUUAGGAUUUAAAGCGUUGGUGUUCUGACUUUUGUUCCAUUGACGAUUUUGGAGAAUAGGGGUUCCCACUGACUCGUCUAUGCUGCAAGUGUGCAGGAGUGAACCUGAACAAAUGACUGUUAGCAAGCUAGCAUAAAUAGCUAGCUAGUCAACUAUUGGCCUGUAGUAGAUUUGAAAAGCUACAAAUUAGUGAAACUUCUAAUUUGAGCUAUUCUAAAAUGGUUAAACUGUUAAAGGUAAUGCACGGCGUAUCCAGUUACUAUUGUACUUGUCUGUCUAAUAGGGAAUUAUUAUAACACUUGCUCAAGGUCAUUAUUAUAAAGCUAGUGCUACGGUUGUGAAUAUACACUACAUGACCAAAAGUAUGUGGACACCUGCUCGAACAUCUCAUUCCAAAAUCAUGGGCAUUAAUAUGGAGUUUGUCCCCCCCUUUACUGCUAUAACAGCCUCUAAUCUUCUGGGAAGGCUUUACACUAGAUGUUGGAACAUUGCUGCGGGGACUUGCUUCCAUUCAACCUCAAGAGCAUUAGUGAGGUUGAGCACCAAUGUUGGGCGAUUAGGCCUGGCUCGCAGUCAGUGUUCCAAUUCAUCCCAAAGGUGUUUGAUGGGGUUGAGGUCAGGGCUCUGUGCAGGCCAGUCUAGUUCUUCCACACCGAUCUCGACAAACCAUUUCUGUAUGGACCUCACUUUGUGCACAGAGGCAUUGUCAUGCUGAAACAGGAAAAGGGCCUUCUCCAAACUGUUGUCACAAAGUUGGAAGCACAGAAUCGUCUAGAUUGUUAUCGUAUGCUGUAGCGUUAAGAUUUCCCUUCACUGGAACAAAGGGGCCUAGCCCGAACCAAAAAAAACAGCCCCAGACCAUUAUUCCUCCUCCACCAAUCUUUACAGUUGCCACUAUGCAGGUAGCGUUCUCCUGGCAUCUGCCAAACCCAGAUUAGUCCGUCGGCCUGCCAGAUGGUGAAGCGUGAUUCAUCACUCCAGAGAACGUGUUUCCACAGCUCCAGAGUCCAAUGGUGACAAGCUUUACACGCUUGGCAUUGCGCAUGGUGAUCUUAGGCUUGUGUGUGGCUGCUUGGCCAUGGAAACCCAUUUCAUGAAGCUCCCGACGAACAGUUCUUGUGCUGACAUUGCUUCCAAAGUCAGUUUGGAACUUGGUAGUGAGUGUUGGACAGAUGAUAUUUACUUGCCUCAGCACUCGGCAGUCCUGUUCUGUGAGCUUGUGUGGCCUACCACUUCGCGUUGUUGCUCCUAGACGUUUCCACUUCACAACAACAGCACUUACAGUUGACCGGGGCAGCUCUAGCAGGGCAGACAUAUGAUGAACUGACUAUGAUGGUGCCACGUUGAAAGUCACUGAGCUCUUCAGUAAGGCCAUUCUACUGCCAAUGUUUGUCUAUGGAGAUUGCAUGGCUGUGUGCUCGAUUUUAUACACCUGUCAGCAACGGGUGUGGCUGAAAUAGCUGAAUCCACUAAUUUGAAGGGGUGUCCAAAUACUUUUGUAUAUGGAGUGUAGCUUACUGGGUGUUCCUGAGUGGCGCAGUGGUCGAAGGCACUGCAGUCCUAGCUGUGCCACUAGAGAUCCUGGUUCGAAUCCAGGCUCUUUCGUAGCCAGCCGCGACCGGGAGACCCAUGGGGCGGCACACAAUUGGCCCCGCGUCGUCCAGGGUAGGGGAGGGAAUGGCCGGCAGGGAUGUAGCUCAGUUGGUAGAGCAUGGCAUUUGCAACGCCAGGGUUGUGGGUUCGAUUCCAGUAUAAAAAAUAAAAAUGUAUGCACUCACUAACUGUAAGUCGCUCUGGAUAAGAGCGUCUGCUAAAUGACUAAAAUGUAAAUGUAAAUGUAUUUUGCGUGACAUUACUAUGUUACUAUAUCGGCAUUUCUUUACCUUAUAAUGUCAACAUUAGCCAAUGAUACAUCAUUUUUAUUUUAAUACUUGUGCAGCAGCAGUGGUAGUCUGUGGCUAGCUGUAACUGUCACUGCUUGUUGUUUACUUCGGAAACAGCCAGGGUAAUGCAAGAACUGGUACUGCAUGUAGGAAACCAGUGUGCAUUUUCUCAAACAUUGUGUGUAGGUAGCUUAGGCAACAACAUCAUACAGUGCAUGUGUUACUGUUAUUAUUCUUAGCUAGACCUUUCUGUCAUAAUUCACCUGCAGAGAAAUGUGGGAUGCAUGCAUGGACAGAUCUGACUUCAGCUCACUACUCAGCAGUGAAAUCCUUUGCUGCAGGAAUAGAUGAGUCACUCACUUCAGAAGAUGUCUCUGUUCACAUAUGUAUUCACACUACCAUCUGUAUUUUUUCUCCAGGGGGUUGUCAGCAUCAAACCAUAGGAAUCGUGAAGAUAGCUGGUUCAAAUCGCUAUUUGUGCGUAAAGUUGAUCCCAGAAAGGAUGCCCACUCCCACUUGCUUACCAAGAAUGAGGAAAGCAACCUCUACAAAAUCCAGUGUAAGUUGUGCUUUACUGUAACUUGUUCACUUCAAUUCUUUUUAUAUUUCAGAGUUUUGAGUGCAGUGUAAUAACCAUAGUGUAAGAAGUAAGUAUAGUGUAGAAAUGAGUAAUUACAAUACUUGUUUCACUGUACUUACGGACCUUGACUGUAAUGUAAAGUUUGACCAAUUUAACCCCUUCCAACACAGAGGGCACUAUGUCUAAUAGAGAUUGUUCUGUUACAGUCCAUAACGUGAAACCAGAGUGCCUGGAUGCCUACAACCAGCUUUGGUAAGUAAUAUGGACCUUGUUCAGUCUAGGCCUUUAUACCUAAAGCCCCUCAAGUAGUAGCCUUACUGAGGGUAGUAUCGUCCCAAAUUAUUGUUUCAUUUGGUUGUUGAGUAUGUGUGAUAUAAGGUCAACAGUAGUAGUGGUGAUAUUAUGACUGCACAGCUAGUGUCACCAGUGGGUUGUGCACGUGAAAACAUGUCCUUUUGGAACAUUUCACAUGCGAUCACGUUUUCACAUGUGUCGUUUCAUGUUAUCACAUGUUGCCACAUGUUAUCACAUUACCUUCACAUAAGAUCAUGUGAAAUUCAUGUGGUUUUUCCAUAAGGGCAGAGUUUAGACAAAAUGUAUUCAGUUCUAUUCCUGUGACACAAUGGUAUGGCAACACUGUGUAGAAUAAUUUAUCUAUGCUCAUACUUAAGAAGAUCAGUCAUAAUACCCUUUUACUUAUCGUAGAAUCUGCACAACUGGUUUAGACACAGUCAGUUGCACAACUGAAUGCAUUCAACCUAAAUCUGUCUUCCACAUGUAACCCAACCCCUCUGAAUCAGAGAUUCAAGGGCUCGGGCAGAACGGCAUAUUUUUCCAGCUUGCCGCCUCGGGGAUUCGAACCAGCGGCCUUUCGGUUACUGGCCCAAACGCUCUUAACCGCUAGGCUCCCUGGUAGAAUAUGUGUUUGAUAUUGCUUUCCCUUGACAGUGAGGAGACCCUGCCAUCUAUCCAUAAUGAUAAGUACUAUCCCUGUGAGCUGGUGGGUACCUGGAACACCUGGUAUGGAGAGCAGGACCAGGCCGGUAAGAAUGCUGGCUGCAGAGCACACACUCCUCUACUUUCUAGUCUAGUUGAACUGCACAUUCACUUCGAAUUGGCACACCUGCAGGGAUAGGCAAACUUAGUUCAGGAGAAGUGGGCUUCAUUGAACCAGUUUCGCACAUUUUCCUAGUGAGAUGAUGAUUCAAUGAAGUUGGUGUUACACCCACCUGGCAAUAAUAACAAAAGCCUACAAACAUUAGUGCUGAGCGAUUAACCGAAAUGUAGGUUAUUGUUUGUUUUUUAAACAACUAAUUGACCGACGUUGGUUCAAUUAUUUAAAUUCCAUUUAGUUUCCAACAGGCCAAUAAUGUACAUAGUUUAGCGCAUAAAGCGUGGUAAUUAACUACAAUGACCAUAAUCCAUUGUGCAUAUACUUGGCCGGUCUGUGUUUCUUUUACGCCUGCUACAGAAGAGAGAAUGUGCGAUCAUGAAGGGAUAUACAGUGAGGGAAAAAAGUAUUUGAUCCCCUGCUGAUUUUGUACGUUUGCCCACUGACAAAGAAAUUAUCAGUCUAUAAUUUGAAUGGUAGGUUUAUUUGAACAGUGAGAGACAGAAUAACAACAACAAAAUCCAGAAAAACGCAUGUCAAAAAUUUUAUAAAUUGAUUUGCAUUUUAAUGAGGGAAAUAAGUAUUUGACCCCUCUGCAAAACAUGGCUUAGUACUUGGUGGCAAAACCCUUGUUGGCAAUCACAGAGGUCAGGCGUUUCUUGUAGUUGGUCCCAGGUUUGCACACAUCUCAGGAGGGAUUUUGUUCCACUCCUCUUUGCAGAUCUUCUCCAAGUCAUUAAGGUUUCGAGGCUGACGUUUGGCAACUCGAACCUUCAGCUCCCUUCACAGAUUUUCUAUGGGAUUAAAGUCAGGAGACUGGCUAGGCCACUCCAGGACCUUAAUGUGCUUCUUCUUGAGCCACUCCUUUGUUGCCUUGGCCGUGUGUUUUGGGUCAUUGUCAUGCUGGAAUACCCAUCCACGACCCAUUUUCAAUGCCCUGGCUGAGGGAAGGAGAUUUGACGGUACAUGGCCCCGUCCAUCGUCCCUUUGAUGCGGUGAAGUUGUCCUGUCCCCUUAGCAGAAAAACACCCCCAAAGCAUAAUGUUUCCACCUCCAUGUUUGACAGUGGGGAUGGUGUUCUUGGGGUCAUAGGCAGCAUUCCUCCUCCUCCAAACACGGCGAGUUGAGUUGAUGCCAAAGAGCUCCAUUUUGGUCUCAUCUGACCACAACACUUUCACCCAGUUCUCCACUGAAUCAUUCAGAUGUUCAUUGGCAAACUUCAGACGUGCAUGUAUAGGUGCUUUCUUGAGCAGGGGGACCUUGCGGGCGCUGCAGGAUUUCAGUCCUUCACGGCGUAGUGUGUUACCAAUUGUUUUCUUGGUGACUAUGGUCCCAGCUGCCUUGACAUCAUUGACAAGAUCCUCCCGUGUAGUUCUGGGCUGAUUCCUCACCGUUCUCAUGAUCAUUGCAACCCCACGAGGUGAGCUCUUGCAUGGAGCCCCAGGCCGAGGGAGAUUGACAGUACUUUUGUGUUUCUUCCAUUUGCGAAUAAUCGCACCAACUGUUGUCAUCUUCUCACCAAGCUGCUUUGCGAUGGUCUUGUAGCCUAUUCCAGCCUUGUGUAGGUCUACAAUCUUGUCCCUGACAUCCUUGGAGAGCUCUUUGGUCUUGGCCAUGGUGGAGAGUUUGGAAUCUGAUUGACUGAUUGCUUCUAUGGACAGGUGUCUUUUAUACAGGUAACAAGCUGAGAUUAGGAGCACUCCCUUUAAGAGUGUGCUCCUAAUCUCAGCUCGUUACCUGUAUAAAAGACACCUGGGAGCCAGAAAUCUUUCUGAUUGAGAGGGGGUCAAAUACUUAUUUCCCUCAUUAAAAUGCAAAUCAAUUUAUAACUUUUUUUACAUGCGUUUUUCUGGAUUUUUGUUGUUGUUAUUCUGUCUCUCACUGUUCAAAUAAACCUACCAUUAAAAGUAUAGACUGAUCAUUUCUUUGUCAGUGGGCAAACGUACAAAAUCAGCAGGGGAUCAAAUACUUUUUUCCCUCACUGUAGAUGGCAGCUGUUGCUUCGCGAGGUAUCUCUACCUAAAAAUACAUGACCUAAGUGAUUAAUAGUUGAUAUUCAGCAGUCAUAAAAGUAUGCCUUGUUUACUUUGAAGAACUACAAAAUAGGGAUUUUGUCAAAGCAUAGGCAGCAGCUCUAUAGAGAGGAGAUGUUGACUUGGAAUUAAAUAAUAAAGUCAUCAAAUGUAAUAUACACAACAACUGAAAUAAUUUAUUCAAGUAAAGUCAUGUGAAUAAAUGGUUAUUAAGGGAUAAGCAGUAAUGGGCAGUCACUACUAGUAUCAUGGGACUUGUAUUAAUUGUUUAUUCUGUGUUGUUACAGCAAUCAACCUAAAUAACCGAAAUUGAAAACCGUGAUUAGUGUUGCCUAACCCUAGCCUACACAUCUCAUGUCUACACAUGUUGCCAAUAGUUCCCUGGCUGUUGGUUUUGCAUUACUGCAUUACUGAAAUAAUGCCCAUACACUUAUCAGAAGGAUUAUGGAUACACUACCGGUCAAAAGUUUUAGAACACCUACUCAUUCAAUGUUUUUUUUUUUCUUUUUACUAUUUUCUACAUUGUAGAAUAAUAGUGAAGACAUCAAAACUAUGAAAAAGUAACCAAAAAAGUGUUAAACAAAUCAGAUUCUUCAAAUAGCCACCCUUGGCCUUGAUGACAGCAUUGCACACUCUUGGCAUUCUCUCAACCAGCUUCACCUGGAAUGCUUUUCCAACAGUCUUGAAUGAGUUCCCACAUAUGCUGAGCACUUAUUGGCUGCUUUUCCUUCACUCUGCCGUCCGACUCAUCCCAAACCAUCUCAAUUUGGUUGAGGUCGGGGGACACAUUUCCACUGGUCUAAUGUCCAUUGCUCGUGGUUCUUGGACCAAGCAAGUCUCUUCUUAUUAUUGGUGUCCUUUAGUAGUGGUUUCUUUGCAGCAAUUCGACCAUGAAGGCCUGAUUCACACAGUCUCCUCUGAACAGUUGAUGUUGAGAUGUGUCUGUUACUUGAACUCAGUGAAGCAUUUAUUUGGGCUGCAAUUUCUGAGGCUGGUAACUCUAAUAAACUUAUCCUCUGCAGCAGAGGUAACUCUGGGUCUUCCAUUCCUGUGGUGGUCCUCAUGAGAGCCAGUUUCAUCAUAGUGCUUGAUGGUUUUUGCGACUGCACUUGAAGAAACUUUACAAGUUCUUGACAUUUUCUGUAUUGACUGACCUUCAUGUCUUAAAGUAAUGAUGCACUGUCAUUUCUCUUUGCUUAUUUGAGCUGUUCUUGACAUAAUAUGGACUUGGUUUUUUACCAAAUAGGGCUAUCUUCUGUAUACCCCCCUACCUUGUCACAACACAACUGAUUGGCUCAAAUGCAUUAAGAAGGAAAUAAAUUCCACAAAUUAACCUUUAAGAAGGCACACCUGUUAAUUGAAAUGCAUUCCAGGUGACUAACUCAUGAAGCUGGUUGAGAGAAUGCCAAGAGUGUGCAAAGCUGUCAUCAAGGCAAAGGGUGGCUAUUUGAAGAAUCUCAAAUAUAAAACAUAUUUUGAUUUGUUUAACACUUUUUUGGUUACUACAUGAUUCCAUAUGUGUUAUUUCAUAGUUUUGAUGUCUUCACUAUUAUUCUACAAUGUAGAAAAUAGAAAAAAAAUAAAGAAAAAUCCUUGAAUGAGUAGGUGUAACUUUUGACCGGUAGUGUAUGUCUCUGAAUAUGCCUAUUAUUGCUUUGCAAAUAAUGGCUGUUGUGUGUGUGUUUUUCCAGUCCAUAUGUGGCGGUAUAGAGGAGGGUACCCAGCUCUGACCGAGGUCAUGAGCAAACUCAGGCAGAACAAGGUAACAAACUGUUCCAAUACUGUAAUUUCCUCCCCGGCAGCACCUAGAAGCCUUCACUUUUAAUAUAGUAGUCUUGAAUAUAGCUUCAUAUGCUAGUAUUGUCUGAGGUUGCCUGUCACUUUAACUCAUAUACCUGGUGGCCAACCUUCCUCCUGAAGAGCUACUGGGUGUGCUGGCUUUUGCUCCAGCCCUACUAUAACCCCUAGUUUAUAAUCUACAGCUAAUGAACCCCUCUCUAGAUAGACAGUGAGGUAUCAGAUGUGCUUAUUGAUGUGAGGUUGACACAGGAGUUCAUGAAGUACCGGGAGGAGAGAGGAAAGAUGCUGUUGUCUCGUAGGAACCAACUGCUCCUGGAGUUCAGCUUUUGGAAUGAGCCCAUCCCCAGGAAGGGACCCAACAUCUACGAGCUCAGGUCCUACCAGCUCAGAGUGAGUACUGAGUGACUUAACCUCAUUAACCAAAGCACUACUAGGUGUUUAGUUUGGGAGGGUGCUACAUUGCUGAACAGAUAUUAAUCACCACCAGAUGAUGCAAAGGGUGGGCAAUUGUUGACAUAAACAUUGGAGAGUUUGUGUAGGUACUAUGCAAACAUUAUGCUCGUAAAUGUAGGCCUAUAUUGCAAUCCAUGUGAAAGGGCCAUUAUGAGUCAUUUUGAAUCUUGUAGGAAAUUGUCACACUUUGAUAUUCCUGUGAAAUACAAAAACUUUUUUCUCAUGUUUUUCUUUUUUCAGCCUGGCACCAUGAUUGAGUGGGGUAAUUACUGGUAAGGCAACCUGAUUACAUUUGAAUUACUCAUCAUCUUUAAUUACAGCAUAUACAGUGGGGAGAACAAGUAUUUGAUACACUGCCGAUAUUGCAGGUUUUCCUACUUACAAAGCAUGUAGAGGUCUGUAAUUUUUAUCAUAGGUACACUUCAACUGUGAGAGACGGAAUCUAAAACAAAAAUCCAGAAAAUCACAUUGUAUGAUUUUUAAGUAAUUAAUUUGCAUUUUAUUGCAUGACAUAAGUAUUUGAUACAUCUGAAGCGCAGAACUUAAUAUUUGGUACAGAAACCUUUGUUUGCAAUUACAGAGAUCAUACGUUUCCUGUAGUUCUUGACCAGGUUUGCACACACUGCAGCAGGGAUUUUGGCCCACUCCUCCAUACAGACCUUCUCCAGAUCCUUCAGGUUUCGGGGCUGUCGCUGGGCAAUACGGACUUUCAGCUCCUUCCAAACAUUUUCUAUUGGGUUCAGGUCUGGAGACUGGCAAGGGCACUCCAGGACCUUGAGAUGCUUCUUACGGAGCCACUCCUUAGUUGCCCUGGCUGUGUGUUUCGGGUCGUUGUCAUGCUGGAAGACCUAGCCACGACCCAUCUUCAAUGCUCUUACUGAGGGAAGGAGGUUGUUGGCCAAGAUCUCGCGAUACAUGGCCCCAUCCAUCCUCCCCUCAAUACGGUGCAGUCGUCCUGUCCCCUUUGCAGAAAAGUAUCCCCAAAGAAUGAUGUUUCCACCUCCAUGCUUCACGGUUGGGAUGGUGUUCUUGGGGUUGUACUCAUCCUUAUUCUUCCUCCAAACACGGCGAGUGGAGUUUAGACCAAAAAGUUCUAUUUUUGUCUCAUCAGACCACAUGACCUUCUCCCAUUCCUCCUCUGGAUCAUCCAGAUGGUCAUUGGCAAACUUCAGACGGGCCUGGACAUGCGCUGGCUUGAGCAGGGGGACCUUGCGUGCGCUGCAGGAUUUUAAUCCAUGACGGCGUAGUGUGUUACUAAUGGUUUUCUUUGAGACUGUGGUCCCAGCUCUCUUCAGGUCAUUGACCAGGUCCUGCCGUGUAGUUCUGUGCUGAUCCCUCACCUUCCUCAUGAUCAUUGAUGCCCCAUGAGGUGAGAUCUUGCAUGGAGCCCCAGACCGAGGGUGAUUGACCGUCAUCUUGAACUUCUUCCAUUUUCGAAUAAUUGCGCCAACAGUUGUUGCCUUCUCACCAAGCUGCUUGCCUAUUGUCCUGUAGCCCAUCCCAGCCUUGUGCAGGUCUACAAUUGUAUCACUGAUGUCCUUACACAGCUCUCUGGUCUUGGCCAUUGUGGAGAUGUUGGAGUCUGUUUGAUUGAGUGUGUGGACAGGUGUAUUUUAUACAGGUAACGAGUUCAAACAGGUGCAGUUAAUACAGGUAAUGAGUGGAGAACAGGAGGGCUUCUUAAAGAAAAACUAACAGGUCUGUGAGAGCCGGAAUUCUUACUGGUUGGUAGGCGAUCAAAUACUUAUGUCAUGCAAUAAAAUGCAAAUGAAUUACUUAAAAAUCAUACAAUGUGAUUUUCUGGAUGUUUGUUUUAGAUUCCGUCUCUCACAGUUGAAGUGUACCUAUGAUAAAAAUUACAGACCUCUACAUGCUUUGUAAGUAGGAAAACCUGCAAAAUCGGCAGUGUAUCAAAUACUUGUUCUCCCCACUGUAGCUUAUUUUUCGCUUGAAACUUCCUUCCCCAUUUUCUCAUUAAUAAGAGCUAUUCCACUGAGAGACUGAAUUUUGAUACUCUAUUGUUAGAUUCCAGAGUGCACAGAACUUGAAGGGAGAGUCUACAGCUGUCCUUGCUAUUUUCAGAUUUAAUUUAGUUGUUUACUUUCAACAGGAGCAUAUGAGCCUGGACGAUUCCAUUCUCUCAGGUUUAUGUUGAAAACACAUUUGUUUCUUUAUGACAAAUAUUCAAUAUUCAAUAUACAUUCAUUGUUCUGAAUUCUUCAAACUUGUCUGCCAAAAUAAGUUUAAUUUGUGAUUAUUUGAUUCAGUAAUUGAUCAGAAUUACUCAUUCUAAUUUGCGAAAAUGUUUUUUAAAAAGUCAUGCCACAUUGUUAAAACGACAUGAAAUGCUGACAACGUGAAUUAAGUCAGUAUGAUUUGGCUAAUCAAAAUAACUGUACAUGAUUGUAAUUUAUAUGAUUGUAUAUACGAUGACUAAUGGGAAUGGUUCAGAGCCAAUAAUGAAAUGUCUCCAACCCCACACUAUACAAUUAGCGGUCUCGAUGCAUGAGUACGUCCAAUCCAACUAAUCCUGGCACUGCACAGCUACUGUCUGUAUAGCCAACCGGUUCUGCCAAACUGGAAUGAUAGUUUUCAAGCAAGUUCAAUCAAACCGUAUGAAUAAUCAAAUGAGUUGUUCAAAUGAUCAUCAGUGGUUGAGACACCACAUGGACAGUAGCCCAUUAUAUAAUUGUAUAAUGCUCGCCUCUUUGACAGGUCAUCAUGACAAAUAAGAAUAUGUUCUUAAUUGAAUACCUGUAUAAAUAAAGGUUAAAUGGAUAUAAAAAAUAAUCAUCUGCAUGGGGUGGCCUUGAGUCAAUGUGAAGAAGAUGAAGCAUUGGUUGUGGGGAAGUGUUGUGACUGAUGUUUUGAUUGGCCCAUUGUUUUCCCAAGGGCCAGAGCUAUUGGCUACCGCCAGCACAACAGUGAGGCUGUGGGAGGAUUCUUCUCCCAGAUCGGAAACCUCUACAUGGUGCACCACCUCUGGGGUGAGGCCAGGCAGACCAGCUGUAUCUCUCUUCUCUCCUUUCCUCCCCUCUACUCUCGUUCAUUCACACAGAUCUAACAUUCAUGUAGCGUCUCAUACUAGGCUUUUAGGCUCUCUUAUAGACAAGGCUGUUAUUCUUUUUCUAAAAGAAGACUAACAUUCAUUUUAUAAUACAGUGUUUCAUUGUUGAUUUCAGCUUACAAAGACCUUGAGGCCAGAGAAGCCACAAGGAACGCAGCUUGGCAACAUGAGGGUUGGGAUGAGGUUGUGUAUUAUACAGGUGAGCAAAAUCAGUUGUUAUGAAGUCUACUUUCACAUAGUGUGCACAAUAUGAAAUACUUUGAACUCUCAUCUGAUCAUGUAUCUCUGUUUCAGUUCCUCUCAUUCAGCAUAUGGACUCCAGAAUCAUGAUCCCAAUGAAGGCUUCCCCGCUGCAGUAACCUAUGAGAGAACACAGAAGGCCGAACGCCAAGCGUCACCUGUUUUAAAUGUAACAAAGUCCAAAAUCUCACUGCCGUGGUCUCAACCUCUUGUUAAUGUUGCCAACUAACCUCCCUCUGAAUUGGUUUGUCUUUUACUUUACCCAUUUCUGACUUUGCACCAGCAAACUAUAUUUGGUACUUAAAAAACAUCACUGAGACACUGGAGGUUAAAGUAUCAUCAUAUCCCAUCUUGAAUCUGUUAGCUAAAAUACUCUUUCCAUAAUUAGAAGAACUGUAAGGCAAUGGCAUGAGAGCUCACAACUACUUUUUUGUUCUUGGGAGACAGGAUGGGCAAAAUCAGCAUAUUGAAACCUCCUGAUAGUGGUUGGGUGGAGAACUGAUGUCCAACAUACUGGGUCAUAUUAACACUGGUCACAUUGCCACAGCUGAUCUAGUCUAUUUUUAGAACCAACCAAAGUGCUGUUUUGAAAAGAGAGCUAUCCUAGCAGUGUGUUCUGUUUGCAGUGAAUAAGAAUUUAGCUAAUACAUUGGGCAACUAUGGCACGACUUGACAAAAAAUCACUAUAGAUGCACAAUGUGUGAUUUAGCGGUUAUUUCGUUUAUUUAAUGUAAAUAUUGAAUAAGAAUAUGAAUCACAUUGUUACAUUGCAAAAUUAAGCUUUUGGGUGAAAUCUGAUCUAAGAAAUGAUGUUACUGAUUCAAUCGGAGUGGUAGAAAGACAGUCCAAAUGGUAAAAGUGAAUUGCUACUGUAUUUUGUCAACGGAGAGAAUAUCUACUAAAUGGUCAAUUAUUUAACCUUUAUAAAGUGGAGGCAUUGAGCGUGAACAUUAUUUCUUGGAAUCAUUUGUGUAUUGUACUGUUAGACAUUUACUGCAUUGUUGGAGCUAGAAACACAAGCAUUUUGCUGCACCUGCUUUAACAUCUGCUCAUCUCUGUACGCGACAAAUAAACUUUGAUUUAUGUGAGAACUGGUAUGAAUACAGAGCUAAAGUCAUGCAUAUUUUAACCCUAAAUGUCUUCUGAAUUUUUUCAAGUAAUUGUAUUGAUUGCAAUCGUGGGCAUUCUCUCCCCGUUUAUUUCCCAUCAUCUGCAAUAAGCUUGAUGUGUUUUUAUUGUACUGGUUUAGUGAACAUGGCUUGUUUUACCUUCGUGGAGAAAAUACUGCAUGUCCAGUUCUUCAAGACAUGUUUUAUCAGAAUUAACAUGUUUCCGGUUGGGCAUAAUGAAUAGCCUAUUCUGUAAACCACUGGUCUAGUACUAUCAUGGAACAUUUCUGUGCCCAGGUACAACUACCGAUGUACUGAAAUGAAACUCAUCCUAGUUUUAUUCCAUGAUUUACAGGGUAUUUAUGACAAAGGUGGCAAGAAUGUCAGCACAUAAAUAAAGUUAUUCAAAGAGAAA